ACCAAGAAUCCGGUUGUUUGGCUUUAACUUCAUUCAUGUCACAGGUGUCAAAUUGCUGAUGAUGGCAGGGGGAGAAAAGCACUUGUGGAAAAUCACAUCUUUAAGGCCGAAAGAGGAACGUGAGAAGGAAAGGAGCGAUUUUAGAGUUGCUGAGGAGGCAUUUGGAGAGGAAUCGAAACUAAAGGCAGAAGAAAGGCGUUUUUCUGAUUUGCUUCCUUUAAGGGUGUUGUUGACGAGUGUCUGGCAGUUUUCUUUGCCGAGUCCCGCUGAGAGAGCAAAAAUGUAUGGGACGCGAGCAGGGGGCGGCAGCGGCAGCCGCCCUGACUGGAGGGCUGCGGCUUCUUCCUCGGACUCUCGCAGGUAUCAGGCAGGGGAUUGCUUCUCGCAAGGAGAAGCAGCCCGCAGAGACGCUCGGGAUCAGGAGACGUCGGAGGGCCAAACGCCCUCCUUGGGAUUGCCCGAGCCCCGUUUGGGUGCACAUGUUGCAGUACCUCCAAAUCCAACACGAAGGGCUCAGUUGCAAAGAGUUGCUAAUAAAGAGCUAGAAGACCUGGCAAAAUGGAAGGAACAACACAAGCCUGGGCCAAUUACCUUGACACCUCAGAAACUGGGAGGAAGCGCAUCAGAGGCUGAAGUGAGGCAAAAACAGCAGCUUGAACACAUCCAGUCUAAAUACAAGAAAAAACUAAAGAAAGAAGAAUAUGAAAGAAUCAAGAGAGAGGCUGAAGAAGCUGACAUUCUGAAAAAGAAGGCAAUUCAAAGAGAGAAAGCCAAUAGACUUGAAGAAAAAGAAAGGCAGCAAGAACAGCAAAGACAGCAGAUGCUUGAGGAAGAUCACUAUUUACAAACCACUAAAUUUUUGAAUAGAUUGGACAGGGGCUCAUCCAAAAGAACAUCCUGUGAAACAGAGCACAGUAGCCUGGAAUCAACAGCCUGGGCCAGGAGCCAUGCACAUAGGCAGAUACAAAGGCAGGAAGAAAACAGAAUACUGCAGAGGAUGAAGGAAGAGCAGCGAAAAAAGGCUGAAUUACUGGCACUUAAACAAAGACAAGAGGAGAGAAUGAGAAUAGAAGCACAUCAGAAUGAGCAGCGGAGGGUGAAUAAUGCAUUUCUGGACAGGCUACAAAAUAAUAGUCAGCCAGGUGGCAUUUACCAAUCUGGAUGUCUUGGGAAUAUGCAUUUUAGUGCUGACAGCUGGGAUUCCUGCCACAGCACUUGGAGAAAUUACCUUGUAAGCAGCUUCAGAGAUUUUUUCUUGUUCUCCAUCUCCCAUCACUUCAUUUAGCUUUGCUUGUUUGACCUGCUGUCUCUUUUAUCUGUUACUCACAAGUAUUUCAAGCUAUUGAUUAUGUUGCUAGUGUUAAAGGUCAAGGAAUCUGUGAUUUUCUCUCUCUCUCUCUCUCUCUCAAACUUUCUCUUACUUAUUGUCGCAGUUUCCACCUUUCAAGAGAUUUUAUGCCCAUGCCCAUGACAACAGCAGUAACCUCUCUUUAUUUUGACUAACAAGUUAUCUGACUUGUACAAGCCCAGUGGCUUCAUCUCUGUGUUAUCUCUCUAUUUUUAAUGUAUUGCUGAGACAGAAGAGUACCACUACUCUGUUUACUGCAUUUGGUAUUAAUUCAAAAUUUUAAUGUGGAAAAGCAUCAAAAAUGUUACAUAAAUAAAAGUUUUCAAUACUC